CGUUCAUUUGCUAUACUUAGUAAGGCAAGUCUUUUGUUAAUCUUUACUAUUUUCGACACUCUUGUUUUCAGCAGUGGUACUUGAUGGCAAAGAAGAAGACCUGGUUCAGUCUAAUAAAGAGGCUUUUCAUUUCAGAGCCACAAUCAAGAAGGGACAAGGAUAAGCGCAGGAGAUGGGCCUGCCGAUUGCUUAAGAUGAAAGAACUAGGGCCAUCCUCUCCGAGAGAAAGGCUGCCAUGGCAACUCCCAGAACCGAGUACUACUUCUGUUCCAGUAACCGUUGCAACAGACACUUCUGAGCUUCGGCAGAUCCCCAGCAAUGGGGAAACAGCCUAUCCAGAAUCUUCAAAAAGCCACAAUAGCGCCAGUGUUGUGAAAAUUCCUCAUCAGCACAACAUCGCAUCAGAAGCUUCAGCUGCAAUCAAAGUUCAAGCUGCAUUUCGCGGUUAUUUAGCAAGGAAAGCACUACGAGCACUGAAAGGAGUCGUCAAGCUUCAAGCUCUAAUUCGAGGUUGGGCUGUUCGAAGGCAAGCUAUCAACACCCUCAAGUGUCUGCAGUCCAUAGUAAACAUCCAAUCAGAAGUUUUCUCAAAGAGGUGUGAAAGAGUUAAGGAGUUGCAGUGUCAAGAUCACAAAUCACAGGAUUUCAGCGAAACAGACAUAAAGGUAGAUUUCAACAGCCAAAAGAGGUGGGAUGAGAGUGCAUUGACCAAGAGAGAGCUAAAACCUCUGCUUCUUACUAAAAGAGAGGCUUCUAUAAAGAGAGACCAGGUCAGAGAAUACUACUUGAACCACCGGGUGAGUUUCUUUGAGUUUAAAAUUUUCAACUCCCAUUAUAGUGGUGGCAUCCACCUUUUGAAUUAUCCUCAUAGGGAUAUGUAUUACCAGAGAUCAGCAGAAACAGAACGUGACAAGGUAUGUGGGAGACAGAGAUAUUGGUUGGAACAAUGGGUAGAUUCCCAACUAGCUAAAAGUGAGAGUCCGCACAAUUUGGAUAGAACUUUGUCAGCCAAUUCAAGAACCAUUGCUGAAAUCGGGGGAAAACUAAACUUUCAAAAGAAACAUCAAGCAGACAUGUCCGAGUCUCCUGCAUAUGUCCCAAGAAAAUCUUAUCAUCAUAGGAAGCAGCGGUCCACAGGAGAUGAAACUCUAUUUGUAGGUUCUCCUAUUGUUCCUGCAUACAUGGCCUCGACAGAGUCUGCCAAAGCAAAAGCUAGAUCAACGAGCUCGCCAAGAUUACGACCCAUUAGUUUUGAUGUAUAUUCUGAGAGUACAUCUCCAUAUAAACAUAAGCUGUCUCCAGUAUCAUCUAUUAAUAGUGAGUUGACGAGCAGUAGUUGGAUUGGGAAUCAUAUGGCAUCCUCACAUCGAUCUCCACGCUUUAGAGGGUCACCUGGUCCAAUCAAAUCAACGAUGAGCACGAAAGACAUUAAACUUUGGGGGCUUCACCACCAAAUAGGUACUAAUGUUGCUCCAAAAGCUUGUGCAUGUCCAAUGGGAAAUAAAAUGUAGCAAGCAUCUGGUUUGGAUUUUUUUACUUAAGUUUAUGUAAAAUAUUGUAUUUAUAUCUUAUAAGCUGCAUAUGAAGGAGCACGUCAGUGAUCA